UCGGCUCUCGCUGGCUUCUAGUUUAUGAAUACAUUCCGCCUCAGCCCUCCCCAGAAAUAAUGCAUGAAUAUGGAUGGGCUGUUGUGCCUGAGUCUAUUCAGUGCAUUGGACUACCUCCAACGCUGGCAUAAACCCAGCAACGGCAGAGGAGACCAUACCGUCCAGUCCAAAGGAUAGUGAUGGGGAGCAAUGACUCAAAAGGGCUUCUGAUCACCGAGAAGGGUCUUUCUGGCAUGUCUGCAGUGAGUGACAUGUUGCGCUCGUCCUAAACGCUCGUGCGUCUGUAUACUGACUGGCCAAUAUGUUGAGCCGACUGAUGAGUGGCAGCGAUCGGAGUCUUGACAGGGAAUUUAACUGUACGGUGCGACUGCUGGACGACUCGGAAUACACUUGCACGGUUCAGAGGGAUGCAAAAGGUCAAUGGCUGUUUGAGCAGGUCUGUCAGCAUCUAAACCUGCUGGAGAAAGACUACUUUGGCAUCAGAUUUGUGGACCCAGACAAGCAACGGCAUUGGCUGGAGUUUAGCAAGGCAAUUACCAAACAAAUGAGAACCCAGCCUCCCUACACUAUGUGUUUGCGUGUUAAAUUCUAUCCUCCAGACCCUGCAACUCUUAAAGAAGAGAUCACUAGAUACCUGGUCUUCCUACAGAUUAAAAGAGAUUUGUAUCAUGGCCGUCUCCUGUGCAAAAGUUCAGAUGCUGCCACGUUGGCCGCAUUUAUUCUGCAGGCUGAGAUUGGAGAUUAUGACCCGGGGAAGCAUCCGGAGGGUUACAGCUCUAAGUUUCAGUUUUUCCCCAAGCAUUCUGAGCGCCUGGAGCGCCGCAUUGCUGAGAUCCACAAAGCUGAGCUGAUAGGCCAGAGUCCUGAGACAGCUGAGAUGAAUUUCUUAAGGAAAGCUCAGACUCUUGAAACAUACGGGGUUGAUCCACACCCAAGCAAGGAUGUGUCUGGCAACACAGCAUUUCUCUCAUUUACCCCAUUUGGCUUUGUGGUACUACAGGGAAACAGGAGGAUUCAUUUCCUCAGAUGGAAUGAGGUGACCAAACUGAAGUUUGAAGGAAAGACAUUUCAUAUUUAUGCAACUCAUCAAGAGGAUCAGAAGAUCAUCUUGACUUACUUUGCUCCAACACCCGAUGCCUGCAAGCAUCUAUGGAAGUGUGGGGUGGAAAACCAAGCUUUCUACCAGUUUGAGAAAUCAAGUCAAGUUCGCACUGUAUCCAGUAGUAAUCUUUUCUUCAAAGGGAGCCGCUUUAGAUAUAGUGGUAAAGUUGCCAAGGAAGUGAUGGAACAGAGUGCCAAAAUCAGACGAGAGCCUCCAGAAAUCCACAGGUCUGGGAUGGUCCCCAGUAGGAGUUGUCCCUCCAUCACUCAUGGCCCACGACAGAGUAGCGUUCCCCGAACACGAAGGAGAGCAGUGCAUAUUUCCAUCAUGGAGGGUUUGGAGUCCUUGCGUGACAGUGGCCAUUCCACGCCUGUCCGAUCGGUCUCCGAUGGAAACUCAUUCCUACACUCCCGUGGAAAUGGAGCCGAAAGAGGAAACAGAACCAGAACGGCUGAAUUUUCCGAGGACUCUUACAGUCCCUCUGACAGCGUGCUCUCUACACCAGUGUCCAACGACCCCUCAGACCAGGCUCAGGUUCGCCACACAAACGGCCCCCGCAGCAAUCAAGAGGAAGGAGGAACAGAACUGUGUACUCAAAAGCAGGCAAGGCCACAGGGUGUUAAACCCAAAGGGAAGCGUUCUCAACUGGAGAAGUCUCGGCCUACCCAACAUGGCCCAGAGGCAAGGGUGAAUGAGUUCAUCUGUAGUUUGGCACGUCUUUUCUUAGUGACCCUGGCUCUACUCUUUGCCCUCCUUAUACUUCUUAUUGUGCUAACAGAGUCUGAGCUGGACUUGGCCUUUCUUAGGGACAUCCGGAGAACACCCGAAUUCCAGCAGUUCCACUACGAAUAUUUUUGCCCCCUUAGGCGCUGGCUGGCCUGCAAGCUGCGCUGGAUGGGUGGGCAUCUCAUCGAUAAAUGAGUGUGUAAGCACCCUUCUCUGUCUACUCAGUGCAGUCUGUAGUCUAUGAGUGGGAGAUCUCUAGCAUUAAUAUCAUGGUACCAUGAAAUCAAAAUGAAAUUACUAUUAUCUACAUAGCCAAAGCCUUGGAUUUCCUAAUACCAUGCCAAGAGGAGAAAACUGUGUAUGUUUCAGCUCUAGUUAUUGUGAAAUUGUUCUCUGCAGCGCUACUUUGUAGUCGGAUAAAAAAAAAAAAGGUAUGUAUAGCUCUUUGAAUGCUGCCAUCACCCAAUUGUAAUUUUCUAUCAUUUAAAUAUAAUAUCUACACUCAAAGAAUGUUCACAGAGACUGUGACAAGUAAGACCUCAUGCUGCAAUCAGACAAAGAUGCCUUCAUUGGUCAGACUUUAGACAGUGGCAGCAGAUAAAGGGAUAGUUCACUCAAAAAUGAAAAUUCUAUCAUCAUUUACUCACCCUUUAUUUGUUUAAAUCCCACAAUACUUGCAGUUAAUCUGCAAAACACAUAUUUAAAUAAAACCUGAGAGAUUUCUGUCCCUCCACUGUGUGUCCAGGUAAUCAAAUCUUCAAAGAUCAAAAAAGACGAAUCCAUAUAUCAAACAUUUUAAACCGUUAAAUUCAUAUGACAUUUGAUAAUGACUUUCUGACCUUCAAUGUUUUAAUCACCUGGACUUUCCAUGGAGGGACUUAAACCAAAGUCUUACAGAUUUGGAACAAUAUCAGAGUGAGUAAAUUAAGAAUUUUAGCUGAUUUUUCUUAAAGCUGCGGUAGGGAACUUUUGACGCUCUAGCGGUUAAUAAACAGAACUGCUUGCGUCUUUCGGAAGAACAUCGUAGCCGGAACUACUUCUCUCUGUUUAUGUUUAUGAAGAAUCACAAAGGUACUGGGUUACUCCGCCGCGGUAUCCCCGAAGCAAUCUAAAAUAGUCUGAAUAUAAACACUUAUUAUAGGUGCACCCUAGUGAUUCAGGACAAGCUAAAAACACGGUUUGGAAAAUGGAUUCAUGGUGUACUUGCUUAUUAUAUAAAUUUUUCUACAUUUUGAACACAAACAAAGUUACGGACCGCAGCUCUGAUUGGUUGAUUUCUUACCAGGAGCGGUCUGUAACUGCAAAUGGCAAUAGGACCACUGGGAGGAGCCAGAGGAGCUUGAUUUUUUUCACAGAUUAUCUGUCUCAUAUUCUACUGUCAGGACAUAAUGACAGGUUUAACAAAUAUGUAAAAAAUAUAUAUUUACAAAAGUUACCUACUGCAGCUUUAAAUGACCUUGACUGUUUUGGGUGAACUAUCCCCCUCCAAUGUCGGAUGUAGGCUUGACCAUGAGUUUGGGAGCUUUUUGGAUGGCACUUUGUAAGUGUAAAAUGUUGGUACUAUAAACAGGACUGCUGGUCAAUAGUAUGGAUCAAAGCCACUGACAGAGUUACAGUAUCUCUUUUAAUGGAGCUUCAGUAAUGUUUUGAUGAGAAUUUAAUAACACCUUACAAUAAGGUUUAAUUUGUUAACAUUAGGUAUCAUAAACUAACAAUGAAUAAUUUUUAAAGCAUUCGUCUUGGCUAACGUUCUAUUACCAUCUCUAACAUCUAAAUAUAUAUACAGUAUGGAUAAAUUAAGACUAGUGAACAAACAUAAAUUAACAAUGAAUAACACAUAAUACAUAAAUUAACUUACAAUAAAUCCUGUAGAACUGGUUGUUCAUUUUUAGUUCAUGAUACCUAGUGGAUUAAUGAAUUCAACCUCUAUCAGUAUUACAGAGGAUACAUUUGUGUAGACGUGAACACCAGGGUAUGGGUCAUCCCAAAUUUCCCCUUUAACGAUUAACCCAGAGCGUAAACAAAUAACUGUACUUUCUAUUGCUAUCCUAUACAAAUGAACACUGAUAUUUAGUGGAAGAUGGUGGCCUUGAGAUUCUAAUGUUCUGAAGAGGAUGAAGAAAGUGCUCUGGAAAGUCGAAGUAAUGUGAAAUGUUUGAAAGUAUAAACUAUUUCUGAAAAGAUAAUAUCUAUUUUUUUUUCAUGCAUCAAUAAUUUUAGAGACCUCAUUCGUCCACUUGCACAACCUUAAUUUUCUGAAUUAAAAUGUGACAAAUGUCUUCUGUAGGCGAUGAUGGAUUACAGUUGUGUGAUUAUGAAAUUAUCUAAAGGCAUAGACUCAGAAUUGGUAAAGUGCAUUUUCCACUUAAACCAAAAUAUGUUACAUUUCUAUUACUUUUUUGCUGCCUUCAUGAGACCCAUUCAGUAGUAAAGAGUCAUAUCGCUAAGGCCGUGAGACUAGUGGCCGAUUUAUUUAAUCAAAAUUACUAACUGAUGGGAAAUAUAAGACUGUGAGUCUGUGGAAAUAAUCAAACACAGCUAUAUACACAUUUAAAUAUAUUUGGUAGAAAACUUUAAAUAAAUAGAAAAACCUAGCUGGAGCUAAUUGGUUUUGGGGGUUGAAAAACCUAGAACUGUACUGUGUAAUGUGCUGUUGUGUGUUGUUUGUGUGCUGCUUCAUAAAGUAGUCUACUGCAACUGGAAACAAUAUGAUGAUGGCACAGAUAAAAACAUCUACAGAGAGAUCCUGAUAUGUGUGUCUCUGGUGGUAAUUAUCAUGUGAACAGAAAUAAAUAAAUAAAUAAAUAAAUAAAAUGAAGCAAUACAAUUGACACUGAUAAGCCAGCAGAAAAGUGUUUUGUUAACCUAGAGCAACAUGAUGGUUCAGAACCGCAUUACAGAUUCAGUAACCUUGGAAUUAGCUAAGUGCUUGACUGGCGUUGUGCCGGCUGCAAGCUGCAGGUCAUACUAUAAAUCAGCUCCCAUGUACUGUGCCUGACUAAUUCUUCAGAUCUGUUACUGAUUGUAAUGGACACUGUUUUUGCCAUUUCAGAUUGUAUGUUUCAUUCAAAGCAAUAGCAGACUGAAAAGAAUAAAUGUUGUAGCUCUGAAGACAAUCUGAAUGGAUAAUGAAUCACACUGUUAUACAAUGACUCGGCUGUGCCUGAGCCAGUGAUUUUCCUGCUCACUGUAUAGCAUCAGAUUAUUAUUUUCUGUACAUUUCAUCACUUUAAUUUGUAUUGUUUCAUAUCAUAAAUUGUUUACCUGUAUUGUACCAAGAAUACA